AAGUGUUAUUGUUCUAUUAUCUAGGAAAAGAAAAGAAUAUGUCAAAUUCCAAGAAUUGACCUUAGAAUAUCAUGCAAACAUCCCAUUGGAAAUUAACCAAUAAUCUAUUAUCUAAGGAAAAAAAAUAAAAAUUUGAUAACCAAUAUUUUUUGUCACUCCUCUCAUCACAUGAACACCUAAAUGUUCAUUUUUCUGGCAUGAACAUUAGUGUAAAAUGCCAUAAUCUCAUCACACUCCUAUAACAUACAAACUGAACGCAAUUUUUAGUCCCUUUAUUUUCCAUAAGUAAGUGGGGAUUUAUUGUUGUUUUCAACCUUUUUCUGAAUAUUAGUUUGAACAUUAAUGGAGCAGAAGUCAGGUUGUGAGCAUUGUAAAACAUGGGAAGAAGAGAUGUAUUGGAAGCAUUUCAAUGCCAUGCAUUUUUGUCAGAUCCUACCCAGAAAUUUUCAUGAUCAUCUUGUAUUGCCUGAAAAAUUUGCUGCACAUGUGACAACCCAAUUGUCUGACAAAGUGUCAGUCACAGGCCCAAGUGGUACUGUAUGGGACAUAGAGCUCCAGAAAAACGAUAACCUUCUGUUUGUCGGAGAUGGGUGGAAGGAAUUUGUAAAAGCUUAUGACUUGCAAGCAAACUAUCUGUUGAUGUUCAAGUAUAAGCGGAACUCGAGUUUUGAGGUCUUAAUCUUUGACCAAGAGAGUUUCUGCGAGAAGGAAGCAGCCUAUUUUGUUAAGAAAUGUAGGCACAACAAGUCUGAAUAUGAAAAUCACAAAAAGAGAUCAAUUGAAAGAGAGGGUUCCAGCAUCGAGGCAAUUGAAGAUGAUACAAGUGAUGACGAUUCUGCGUUAGUUGUGUCAAAAAAGUCUAAGAAAGAUGUUGAAGAGGAGGUCGGUUGCCUUGGACAUGAGAAGGGCACCCACUCUCCGAUAAGUCAUACGUCUAAUGCAGCUGUAAAGCGUAGGGGCAGACCAAGAAAGAAGGUAGUACCAUGCAAUUCAUUAAGUGAACCCAAGGCUCAAUCUAAACAUAAGUCAGACAGAAAUGAAGCAACCCAGGAGCUGAGUCAGACUUCACUAAGUGACAUGAACAUCCCUGAAAAUGGAGAAAACUCCCACGAAAAGGACCAUUCUGACCAACUUAGGGACCAAUCUGCAGAAAAGAAUCAAAGUGGAAAUGAUGUGCCUCAGGAACCGAAUCUGAUUUCAGGGAAAGAUCGGAGCACCCCUGACAAUUUCUCGGAGAUGAAGCGUUCUCACAGAUUGAGCGCCCUAUAUGGAAAGGAGCCAAGUGAAAAUGGUAAUGCUAAAAUACCGAGUCAGAUUUCAAGUAGGGAUCUGAUGACUUAUGAUACAAUAGAUAGUUCUCCAGAGGCAGAUUAUUCUCAAAAACCUAGAAGGAAAAGAGGUAGACCCAGGAACGUAUCAGUUCCUGUAGUUCCCAUAUCUUCAACAAAACGUGUGUCAAGAAGUGUUCCAGCUGGAACGAAGUACACUGAGGAGUACAUGUCCAAUAGAAGGGAAGUGACACAGAUGGAGAAACAAAAUGCUUUGCAAAGGGCAAAGCAACAACAAACCGAAAACAGCUUCAUUGUGGUGAUGAGACCUACGUGUGUUUACAGAAGGUUUUACUUGAGUAUUCCAGCAGAAUGGAUGAACGCGCAUCUCAAUCUCCAUCACCAAGAAAUUGUCCUUCGUAUAGACGAUAAAACAUGGCUCACCAUGUUUUAUUACUAUGAAAAGAGAGGUGUAGGAGGGAUUUGUCCUGGGUGGAAGAAAUUCGUGCUUGAAAAUUCUUUGGAAGAAUUCGAUGUGCUACUCUUCAAGCUUGAUAACCAGAAAGAUAAUGCAAAGAUUGUGUUUGAUGUUGAGAUAUUUAGGGUGAUCCCAAAGAUCCUUCCUCCUCUUCUUUUGACUUCUUCUAGUAUGAAAUGAAGAUCCUUUAUUGGCUAUCUUGGUUAGCUUGUUGCAAGGACACCGGAAAAUGGAUAAAAAGCAACUCUGUGGGCAUGAAUUUCAGACUUUCUACGAUGACAAGAUUCUAUGCAGUUUCACUUAGUUGUAUUUUUUAGUUAUAUAGACUGCUUUAAUCUAGCUAGAAAUGUCUAAGGCAUUAAUGACUUGUUAGUAUAGGAGUCAAAUAUAUACUGCACUUAACUUUUGAAUUAGAGGGGACUUAGUGUAUUUUUUCUGGCAGUAGGAUAAAUAAAAGAAAAUAGAAGUACACCCUAAUGUUGCUCUUUCCUUGCUUUAAGGGCAAGGAAGUGUGCCUACUACUUUUACUCUGCUAACGUUUAACAUUCUUACAGAAAUAUAACUACUAAGAAGUAUUAGUACAUCUGUUAGGAUACUUCGAAUAGUGUGAUAGGAGGUAAGCGUGUAAACUGUUGGAUUAUGCUUCAAAACUAGUCAAAUAGUUUUCCUAAUAAUUAGGACUAGUUCUUAAUAAUUAGUUAGUGGGAUAACAAGUAGUGGCCUAUAUAAUGGUCUAUUUAGUGGGAUAGCAAGUUGUAGAUUAAGUAGUAGUUCAUAUUAUUAGUAGUGCUUUGUAUGUCUAUAUAAAGGCUACUUUGUUUAUUCAUUUAUGCAUGAAAAAUAUAUUUAAAUGUAGUUUUUCUA